AUGCAGUGGUUUGACACAGCACCGAGCCGGACUUGCCCGCAGUGCAGAAUCCAGGUCAGCAAAAGACACAUCAUCAAUAAGCUGUUUUUUGAUGUUGCCCUGGAGGAGCAGACAGCACCGGAUGCAGAGACCUUGCAGAAUGAACUGGACAAGGUGAAGGCUCAGCUCUCUGUGAAAGAGAAAGAAAAGCGGGAAUGCCAGGCUGUUGUGGAUGGGCUGAGGGACACUCUGGAUGUGCGCAAUGCCACAAUAGAGUCGCUCCAGAAGGUGCUGGGAGAGACAGAGAUGCUGUGCUCCUCUCUCAAGAAGCAGAUGAAAUUCCUGGAGCAGCAGCAGGAGGAUAACAGAAGUUCAAAGGAGGAGGCCCGCCGCCUGCGAAACAAGCUGAGAACCAUGGAGCGGAUUGAGCUGUUGCUUCAGAGCCAGCGCCCCGAAGUGGAGGAGAUGAUCAGAGAGAUGGGAGUCGGGCAGGCAGCGGUGGAACAGCUUGCAAUCUACUGUGUCUCACUGAAAAAGGAAUAUGAAAACUUGAAGGAGGCUCGGAAGAUCUCUAGUGAGAUGACAGAGAAGCUGAAGAAGGAGCUGUUUUCUGUCAAUAGCAAGCUGCAGAAAACAGUUUCAGAGUUGGAGAAGACAAAGGAGGAGUUAAAAAGCACCCAGAAGGAUCUGAAGAAUGCGGACAAGGAGAUCUUGAGUUUGAAGAAGAAAAUAGACAUCCUGCAGGAUACUCUGAAAGUCCCAUCUGUAACCAGAGAGACUCUCAGUCGACUGGUCUUUGAAAGCCCUGCUCCUGUGGAACUGCGGCACCCGAAGCUCCACCGCCCAGCCCACAGCGAUGAGAUCAAUCUAGAUGCUACUUUUGAUGUGGACACCCCUGAACAUCAGCCCUGCAGAUCUCUCUUCAGCCCUGCAAAAAGGCAGAAGCUGGAUAAAAAGCCGCCUCCUGUGGUAAAUUUGGCGAAGAAAGUUCUGAAGGAAACAGUGGAGAACUGGGCAGAUGAUCUGGAGGAUGAUGCUCUUAAAGGCCUCUUGCCAGCAUUCAUCAGGAACUCUUUUGUCUCCAAGAAGCCAUCUUCGGGUAGCUUGCUGGGUCCCCACAAGAACAACAUGGGCACUGUGAGGAUGGGCUACGAUGGCUUGGGAGGCAGAACAAAGUUCAUACAGCCUACAAACCUGGCAGAAAUCCGUCCAUUAGCGGUGAGAAGCAAGAAAAAGAACGUCUCCAGGCCAGUGUCUGCAGCUCCCUCCGCACCUUCCUCCAGCAGCAGCCAAGCCAGACUGGACAGUUUCCUGCAGUGA